CAAAAGGCCUUCACCUGUUCUGUUGGACUUGACAGUGGCGUUGCCAGGUAGCCAGCUCCAUAGCAACCAGGUCAAGAAGUUGACAGAUUUGUUUAUUUUUGUUAGAUUGAAGCGGAGAUGCUGAGGCGCGUGAAGAUGAGGCGUCUAUCCUGCGCACUGAGGGUUGGAUGCAAACAAAUUUUUUGUGAUUAAAAAUGCCUUCGACGAUGAUCGUGAAGCCCAGAGCAGCGGAGGCGUCGAGGAAAAGCAAACCGGUGAGGCCGACAGCCCGCGGCGGCGCAGACGGCGAGCUUCCAGCCGCCACGGCGCGUAAAAGCCGCGCGUCAAGCUGUUCCCGCUGCGCGCAGCCGCGAGACAAGAGCCUGAGGGGCCCCACGGCGACCACAGGGACCCAGGGGGCCAAACCGAGCUGCGACAGGAGAGCGAGGUCCACGUCCGCCGCCCCCAAACCAACAGGAACCAAACCCGCGGAUAGGAGCGCCAGAACCGAGCCGGAGCGCCGGAGGGCCACCAGCUCUGUGAGGGGACCCGAUGCCAACCCGAAACCCCGGGACACCGGCGGGGGUCCGGGUCUGAAGGAGCUGCGCUGCUCCAGGGCUGAGGGGAAGGCUCCGAUCCAGAGUCACAAAGCGUUCACCGUCAUCCCGCCGAACCCAAAGAAACGAAGAGAAAUCCAGAAAAAGGCGGAGGCGGAGCUGGCCGCUCUGGAGGAGCUGCGCCUGAGCAGGGCCAUGGCCUACGUGUCCAUCGACCCCAGCAGCGUCGGCGGCUGCAUGAGUCUGCAGGAAGUGCGGCUGAAGCAGCAGCAGGAAAUGAUGCAAGCAAAGAGGAAGCAGAAACAGGUGAGGAAGCAGCUGAUGGAGGAAACACCUGUCCCGGCCAGGUGACCCCGCCUUCUCCUGGUCUCACCUGGCAGCUCAGCUCCUGCUGAACACAACCUUCCUGACACGGCGAAGCCGGAGCUGCUCCACCGUCUCCAUCCUCUGCGCACAAAUGUUCGUUUUAGUCUUUAAAUGAUUUAUCAGAGCCGCUCUUCCUUCUGGGUUUAAUUAAUUGUUAACAACUCCUGGAUGCACAAUUUUCUGUUUAUUUUGGACUAUUUUUUUCUGACACACAGAAGGUCAGAAUUAAUCAUACAGACUCAAAUAUAUACAUACACCCCCACCAGUGUGUAAUUAAAUGUUUUUAAGCAAGCUGCAUCUCAGCCACACACGUUCUGCAUCAUUCUGGCUGCUGAUUGGACCACAGCUGGCAGAACUGAUGGAGUUCAUUUAAACUGGUUGAUUUCCUGACACUGACCUGGAUUCUACUCCUUCGCUGGCGGUGAAACGUCCCUUAGCAUGAUGCUGCCACCACCGUGCUUCACACGGCAGCCAAAGAGCUCCAUCCUUCCUGUCUGACCCUAAAAGUUUUCUCUAGAUGUUUGGAUGUUCCACCUCAGCAGCUGUGGGUUUCUGCAGAGCUCCAAGGUGUUGAUAUAGGACAAGGAUCAUCAACCAUUACCAUCCAAAGAGCCAUUAUUACCCUGAGUCCAGCUAAAUAAAACUCCUUUAGAGCCGCUAAUGUUCCAUGACCUUUGGAAAAAUCACAACGUAUCUUUUUAUUUUAUUUUUUACAGGUAUAUUCUACAGGAAAUGUGUUGCCAUUUUUAAAGAACCAGUUUUAUUUCUAUUUUUAGAUUGCAAAAUAAAGAAAAUCUUUGCAAAAAUAGGUUGCCCUAGGUUUCCGCUAGGGCUAUGGAUGUUUAUCUGUGGAAAGUGAUGUUUAAACAAUAAAAAAAACACGCUGUUUCCAACCAAACAAUAAUAAAAACGUUCCAUUGUGGUGUGGAAAUUCAAUGCAAUUGUUCCAUUAGAAAAAGUUAAACUUGUGUUAUUAUAUCUAUAUUAAAAUAACAUAUGGUUAGUCAUCAUUUAGCCAAAGUUGCUAAGAGCCAUUGUGGUUCUGAAGGUUGCAGACCUCUGAUUUAGGAGCAGGUGGUUCUGGUUUGGCGUCUUCUCGGUCCGUCGUGACGUAAAACUGCCUGGUGGACGGUGACGGAUCUGCCGGCAUCUUCCUGCUGGCUCCUGUUUGCUUUUCUUUCCUCUCAGGUGGACCGUUUGGGUCAGGUAGUUGAAACUGGGUCAGAAUCGGGUUUUUACGGCAGGAAAAUAACUAAACUCAAACAAAAAAAGGAGUUUUCUAAAAGCCAAAUAUGCUCUAAUAAUUCAACAAACUUAAAUGAACUCUACAGAUUCAGCCAGGAAACGGGCUCAGGUAUCAGAAUCUCACUGAAAGAUGCAAAGAUGUGAUUUCUCUGCAACCUGCCAGGCAGCGUUGAACCAAAAACCAGACGUGGUUCAUGGAGGAUCAGACAAAACCAUUUAACUUGUGCGCUCAAUUCUUGUUAUUAGUAACAAUUUAAAGUCCACGUUAAAUAAUUGGUCCAAAGGGAUGGGUGAAAUAAAAACAUUAAAAGCCUGUGAUGGUGGGGGUUUAAACUGGAUACAUUAAAUUACGCAUUUUAGC